UCAGAGAAGUCAAAACAAAGGAGCGUCUGUCAGUCAUGGUGAAUGUGGCUGGGGGAGAAUGAUUGGGGAUUUUUUUUUCCAAUUUAAGAGGGAUUGGAAGAAGAUGCAAAGAAGGCAUAGUAGCAAUGCUGACAACAUCCCAUCAGAAAGGACAAGGAGUCAGACAGUUGGUUCAGAGACCAGUGUGGAUGAAAAUGGUGUUUUUGAAGGACUCAAACCUGAAAACCCAUCAGCUCAGCAGAUGUUUUCUGGUUUGACAAGUCUACAAUCGGGCCCAAUACCUGCUGCUUCCUUCCAGUCUAGUCUGGUCUUGGGAUCUUCACUCACUGCUUCAGUUGGAAGUGGAGAUGUGUUCAUUCAGAUGACACCACAAGAGGAGGGAGCCAUUCGCACAGAGAAUAUGCAGUACCAUCAUCGCCAUCGGCAUCAUCAUUAUCACCACAGCCAUCAUCGUUCAUCUCUGUUGCACGUUUCUGGUGAUCGUCAUGGCAACACAGAAGAUGUCAGUGAUGAUCCUGGAACUCCUGCCCCAGCACUUUCAGAGCUCAAGGCUGCAGUCAACUGGCUUCAGAAGGGCCUUCCGUUUAUCUUAAUAUUGCUGGCUAAAGUUUGCUUUCAACAUAAGCUUGGUAUUGCUGUGUGUAUUGGAAUGGCAAGUACCUUUGCAUACGCAAACUUAACAGUUAAACACCAAGUUUCUUUAAGAGAGAAACGAUCAGUGCUUGUAUGCCUGUGGAUAUUGGUAUUUCUCACUGGGAACACGUUGUUUUUAUAUUAUACUUUUAGUGCCCAGGAGCUCUAUAAGAGCUUGAUAUUUAUGAAGACUAGUGUGGAAAGCCAGGAUUUCUUUGAUUUGCUUUGGAUUGCAGGAAUUACAGAUUUUGUGCUGAAAUACAUUACAAUUGGUUUCAAGUGCUUGAUCCUUAUUCUGCCUAGAAUAAUAUUAGCUUUCAAGUCAAGGGGAACACUUUACCUCCUAAUAGAAGAGACGAGUCAGUUAUUGAGAUCCUUGUUGCCUGUACAGCUGUGGUACAAAUGCAUAAUGGGAGAAGACUCCAUCAAUAGUUACUUGUUGGAAGGCACCCUGAUUGUUCUGUACAGUCUUUGCAAGCUCUUGGAUGUUUGUGGUCGAAUAGGGGGUUUGCGAAAGGCCUUGAAGAUCCUGUGUAAAUCGCAGAGCUGUGGUGUACCAGCUACCAGCCAGCAGUGCACUGAAGCUGGAGAUAUCUGUCCAAUCUGCCAGGCAGAAUUUCGAGAACCUGUGGUGUUGAUUUGCCAGCACGUCUUCUGCGACGAGUGCGCUUGCCUGUGGUUUGACCGAGAGAGGAGCUGUCCAAUGUGCCGAACCGCUGUCAGUGAAAGCCUGCGGUACUGGAAGGACGGAAGCACCUCGGCGCACUUCCAGGUGUACUGACGGCCAGCCGUGGCGUGGAGACCAGCCCUCGGGGAGGUGAGGAAAUUCAGCUGUGCAACAGCUGGGAUCAAGCUGCCUGUUAUUUAUCGCGAAGAAAGUAUACAGACUCCACGUGGAACAAUAAUCAUAACAAUGUUUCAAAAUCAGCGCCUAUUCGGUAAAGGUAUUCCACUCUUAAUGAUAGAUAAAACACCUUACCAAACAAAGUAAAUGUAUUCGCGUGUGUUUUUUUCAGCAACAAUGUACAUUGUGCGAGCAAUAUUCAGUGAAUGAUGUUCUUUUUCUCUCUUGAUUGCUGUGAUCUGUAAUCUUCAUUAAAUAUUUGUUUUCACUCA